GAGAAAUUGCAAGCAACUCACAGUUGUGGUAUAGAAUCACUUUCAAUCACCAUGGCUGUUCACAGAGCUUUAAGUGUGGUUUUCUUGGUGCUAUUAGGUUUGGGCAUGAGUGUGGCAACUAGAGCUCUCUUCACUGCUGGAGAGGGUAUUCCCUACGCUCAUGGUGUUAUAGAAGGAGGCGGUGGCGGUGGUGGUGGAGGGGGUAGUGGAGGUGGAGGGGGUGGUGGUUAUGGGGCUGGAGGAGAACAUGGAGCUGGAUCUGGAGGUGGAGCUGGAGCUGGUGAAGGGGGUGGUGCAGGGUAUGGCGGUGGCGCUGCUGGAGGUGGAGGCGGAGGUGGUGGGAGCGGAGGAGGUAGUGGAGGAGGAGGAGGAGCACAUGGUGGCGGUUAUGGUGGUGGAGAAGGAGCUGGAAGCGGUGGUGGAUACGGUGGUGCUGGAGGAGCCGGUGGUGGAGGUGGACAUGGUGGUGGUGGUGGUGGAGGAGGAGGAGCCGGUGGUGGUGGUGCUGCUGGAGGAAGUGGAUAUGGUACUGGUGGUGGUGCUGGAGGAGGUGCUGGAGGAUCACAUGGUGGACACUCUGGAGGAGGUGGUGGUGGUGGUGGUGGUUCAGGAGGAGGAGGUGGAGGCGGUGGUGGUGAGCAUGGAGCAGCUGGAUAUGGUGGUGGUAGUGGGAGUGGUGAAGGCGCUGGUCAUGGUGGCUAUAUGCCGUGAAAAAGUCCAUUCAUAUAUAAUGGACGAUGGUUCCUAAUUACACAUGCCUAUUGAUAAUAAGAUUUAUAACAAGGCAUUCGUGAGUCGUAUUGUUAUUUUAUGAAAAGUAGAUGCAUUAAAGCGCGGCAUCAGUAGUUUGUAAUGUUAUUCCAAAUAUGUUGAUGAAUUUCAAGUGUUUGUGUGUUUAUUAAUUCUAAAUUAUAACCUUAAUUAUUA